UCUUCCCGCGAAUGCUUAGAACAUAAAUACAUACAUACAUGAGGAGCUGAAUGUUCUCAAAAUCAUAGUGCACAACUAAUAAUUUAACCUGCAUAUGCAGAUUCUGUGCAGAGUUGAGGCGGAUUCAAUCGAAAAAAGCAAAAUGGCAGAUGUUCCUGAAGAAAAUAGAAAGAUAAAAGCUGAUGAAAAGAUAGCCUCUGGCAGCGAUGACUCACGCCAUGCAACGGACACCAAGGAGAGAAAGUCUCAUACAACCGUUUUCGAUUUAAACCUGGAAUGCUGGACAAUGAUAAUGGAUUAUCAAUGUGUGGAAGACCAGCUAAGUCUCGCUUGCUCGAAUGUGUGGAUUGAACAGAUGUUCAAGGAAUACGCUAGAUAUCGCCACAAGCAUAUUGAUUACAAGGUCAUGUCUCAUUUUGACGAAGACGAUGGGGAAAAACUGCUGAAGAUGAUUGGCGAGCAUGUGGUUAGCUAUGACUCUUCCAGAAAUCCUAAAGCAAUACAAUACUGCCCGAAUCUCCAACAUUUACUAAUGGAAUUUAAAUCGGACAAUGAAUGUGGUCCAGGAGAAUUUGAAUGGGGUUUACACAGCCUGAAAAAGCUUCAAACUUUCAGUGCUGAUUUGAAUAACGAAUUCAAUGCUGAUGUGUUAACGAAAAUUGUUGACAGCCUCAAGGAAUGUACGUCUCUAAGGAAAUUGCAGUUAUGUGCUUUCUUCUUUAACGGAAUAGGAUUGCACCGUCUAGAUCAACUGGAAUAUCUAGAUCUGCUUAUCUAUGAUGGAUUUGAGGCAAAGAGCUUGAGGGCUAUCUGCCAAUCGAUGAAGCAAUUGCGGCGUCUGGAAAUUAAGACCCACGUUAACAAAAUGAAUAAGAAGACUCUUGAAAUUCUGGCGGAAAACUGCAAGCAGCUGGAAUGUCUGAUCCUUGGGGGUAACAUCGUAAAUCUAAGGUGGCCCUAUGAGCUGAUAUGCCAAUUGCCCAAGCUGCGACAUUUGCAGGUGCAUUACAGGAAAGGUCUGCGACACGAGUUAAUCGAGGGAUUAGUCAACAAAAAGGACUCCCAUCUGGAAAGUCUUAUACUCAAAGGUUGCGCGUUGUCCCUGCAACAGGUUCAGCAUAUUUGCAAAAUUUCUACUCUCAAGGAACUCCAUGUACCAAGCAAGAUCGUGCCCUUGGCGGACUUGCAGAAGCUAACGAACCUUCUGUACCUGCACAUAACCAUGCCAGAUAUGGGGCCAAACCAAGAUUUGGACCUCAAGAAGGCACUUCCACGUGUUCAGGCCUCUGUGACGGAACAGAAGGAGCAUCUCGGGUUUGCAUAUUCAUAUGUAAACAUACCUCCAACAUUAAUGAACCGAAAAAAAGUUGGUCUAGAUUGGACAAGACCACGCCUCGAUCACAAGUUAAAGUUCGGUUUUCCUUAAUUUAUGGGACUCUAAUAAAUGGUUAUCCACUUAGUUUUCCCCAAAUAGUUGUGUUAUAAUGUGCUUUCAGCGACUUUCGUACAUGUAUAAGCAAAACUCAGCGGUUUUCCAAAUUUAGCCGCCGAAAAUCCAUCAUCAAAUCCAUCAUCCAUCGAGGAUUGAAAACGCCUGUGUAAGGUGUAAUUUACCUGGCACCACUGGAAUUUUUUGUGACGUAUUUACCUGUUGUCGCAGCAUGAAAGCUCCCUUUCUUCGU